GCACCCAUAAAACCAUCGCCGUGUUUAUGGGCCGGCGCCGCCCGCGGCACGGCAGGGCCCUAUAUAUAAGCGGUGCCCGAGGUCGGCCCCGACAGCCUGUGUGCUGCGUGAGGACGACGCUGGGUUUGCUGUGCUGUCGGUUCUGUCUGUGCUGUGAGAUGUCAUCCCCACACCCAGGGCCGCACGGAGGGCCGCCGCCGCCGCACGGAGGGCCCGGGCACGGAGGUCCACCGCACGGUCCUCCAGGACAUCAUCACCCACCCGGCCCCCACCUGCCGCGCCCCCAUCUGCACCUGCCGCGCCCCCAUCCGCCUCCGCCGGGCCCGCACCCGCACGGCCCCCCCCACUAGGCGCUGAGCCCCGUCGGCAGCCGUCCAUGGCACGAUUCUGUCUUCGUCCCUCGGCUGCCCGGUAGCCGCGCUGCCGCCGGGGUCUCCCACCCGCCCCGUGUGGCAGCACCUCUGCCGGAAACAGCAGCUCGGGCUCGGGUUGAGGUCGGCAAUAAAGAAGUCCUCUCGGUGGCUCUGUGGUCUUUGUGUGUGGCGAAGGGUCUCCGCGCCGUGCCGGCCGUGCGCACCGCAGGGCACUGCCGCUGCUCGUUCGGGCGCGAGGAGACGGACGGAGCGUCGGCGUUUCGGGGGCUGCCCCGGCACACGGGCAGCCCCUCCGCGAGGCUCCGCGAGGGCACGGCCCGCGACGGGCGCCGUCCCCUCGGUUACGCGCACGGAACGGAGCGGCCGCGCUGCCCCCGGGCUCUGCGGAGCCCCCGGCCCACGGGUGGGAUCGCCGUGCAGCGCCGCUGCUUGCUGCUCAAUGCCUCCGUGCGGGCGGAACUGCGGCACGGCCACGCACUGGCACCGCGCUGCUGAACGCCCGGGGUUUGGUUCCCCCCAACGGCGGCUUUCUCUGCAGCGGCUCCCAUGGCCGCCGUGGGUCGGCAGCGGGUCAGUGCAGGUCUGUGUGCCGCUGCGCACCGCUCAGCCCGUUGCCGGACGCCCCGGCCUCCCUUUGCCAUUGGCGCCGGGCGCUGCGGCACGGGUGAGGCUCCACGCCCACAGGCAUAAGAAGGCCGUCUGCCGCCGGGCUGCAGCCGCAGCGCUGGGCAUCGCCAAGGGAGGACUGUGCUGUGACCAUGUCUGAGCUGGAGAAGGCCAUGAUCGCCAUCAUUGAUGCUUUCCACCAGUACUCUGGGAAGGAAGGAGACAAGCAUAAGCUGAAGAAAUCGGAGCUGAAGGAGCUCAUUAAUAAUGAAUUAACUCAUUUCCUUGGUGAGAUCAAAGACCAAGAGACUGUGGACAAAGUCAUGGAGGCACUGGACAGUGAUGGGGAUGCAGAGUGCGACUUCCAGGAGUUUGUGGCCUUCAUCGCCAUGGUUACCUCUGCUUGCCAUGAGUUCUUUGAGCAUGAGUGAGCUGGUGAGAAGCAGUUGAGCAGCUCCCACUCACGCUGGAGAGAUGCAGAGCAGCACCACUCCUCUUGGGAAAAGACUGGAUGCACUUGGGAGCUCCGUGAAGUUAAGCUUGUGCUACUUAAGCAGCUUAUUAAACUCUGCAGCUUUGUGAGCUGAAAUGCCCAUGCAUCUUGGGAAAGCCUCUUGGACAGUGCCCACCUGGGAUGCUGUGUGUAUGAAUCCUCAUCGCAAGCUCACUCCCUGCUGCUGCAUGCAAGGGACAGGCAGGGGGCUGGAAGCAGGCGGCCGCUGCAACCCGAGGUUGCUGGCAAAGGGAGAAGGAAAAUUCAAGGGUUGAGGCAGGGAGUGAUGCAGAGAGGCUGGCUAGAGAAGCCUGGCUCUGAGCCCAUUGCGCUACACUGAAAGACUCCUGUGACCUCUGUGGGCUCUGACUGCCCUGUGCGUGCUACUAACCCUGGAGACUUAGCAGAGCCCAUGCAGUCCUUGCCUGCUCAAGACACUCCUGGCUUGAAAGGCAAAGCAUAACCAUGUAACAGCUCAGGCUUUUCUCCUGUCUAUGAAUCCUCCUGCUUGUAGCUGUCUGCAGAACUGGAAGUGAAAGCAUAGGAGGCUCCUGGGCUGGGCCAGAGGCAUGCAUUGGCAAGCUCUACAGGCUCAGCCAGAAGGAAGGGGAAAAUCCAUACGUGAUCAGCUGCAGCCUUCAGAGCAUGUGGAAACAAUGAGAAUAAAAUGUUGGUCUGGUCUUUGGGUCAUUAA